ACGAGCAAACCAUGGGCAUGGGCUUUAGCUGAUUAUUUUACUACAAAUUUGCGUAAAGCCGUGUCUCUGCGCGUCACAGCUCAAUCCUCGCUUUUACUCUCUCUCUCUCGAUGCCCCAUAAAUAGAACAGGCUAGAAUUUUCUUGGACCACAUUUUCCUAGAAAGUCCAAGGAAGAACUAGAAACAGAUUCGGAUUAUUUUUCUUCUUCAAGAUCUCGGAUUUUCGAUCUUUAGUGGGGUAACAUUUUCAUUUUUCUGCUGAGAUGAGUUUGAGUAACGGGAACGUUCACUCGGUGAUUUGUAAUGGAGGAGAUGUGAACAAGCCCUUCAAGAUCUUCGUGGGUUAUGAUCCACGCGAGGAUCUUGCCUAUGAGGUGUGUCGGCAUUCGAUCUUGAAGCGGUCCUCAAUCCCCGUUGAGAUCCUACCGAUAAUACAAUCGGAUCUAAGAAAGAGCAGUUUAUAUUGGCGAGAACGAGGCAAGUUUGAGAGCACUGAGUUCUCAUUUUCUCGAUUCUUGACUCCAUACUUGGCCAAUUUUGAGGGUUGGGCAAUGUUUGUCGACUGUGAUUUUCUGUACUUGACAGACAUUAACCAAUUGACGGAUUUGAUCGAUGACAAAUAUGCAAUUAUGUGUGUUCAGCAUGACUAUGCCCCAAAAGAGUCGACCAAAAUGGACGGGGCAGUACAAACAGUGUAUCCGAGGAAGAAUUGGUCUUCUAUGGUGCUGUACAAUUGCGGACAUCCCAAGAACCGGGUUUUGAGCCCCGAGGUAGUGAAUACACAAACCGGUGCUUUUCUUCAUAGGUUUCAGUGGCUUGAGGAUGACGAAAUUGGAUCGAUACCAUUUGUUUGGAAUUUUCUUGAGGGCCAUAACAAGGUUGUUGAGAAUGAUUCCACCACUUUCCCCAAGGCAAUACACUAUACUCGUGGAGGACCAUGGUUUGAGGCUUGGAAGAAUUGUGAGUUUGCAGACCUGUGGUUGAAUGAAAUGGAGGAGUAUAUGAAGGAAGCCAAGAAGAAAAUUGAAGAGUAGAAUGAAUCAGACCUGUGUCAUGUUGUAUUCUUUAUAUUGUAUGUGUUAUGUCAGUCCUAAAGUUGAUGAUAAAGAUUUCUUGGAGAGUAGAACCAUAGGCAUUGCAGGCAUAUAUGUAAUGCUUUGUGGCAUUCUUUGCACCAUUCUCUACAAUAGAUACUGCAGGCAUAUAUACACAAUACACUUGAUAUGUGUUGAAUGCUGACUUGUUUAACUAUCCAUUCAGUUGUAAUUUUCAGAUACUUAUGCAAUAGAAUUAAUUCUUUUAAUGAA